AUGUCGGACGUCGAAGAUGUCGGACGCUUCUGCGUUUACGAUGCCCCCAUGGCCCUCAGCUCCGACUUGUUGUCAACGGAUGGCCUCGACCCUAGGACUGCCCGCGCCCGAAAUCGCCGGCAUUUUCAAAACUUACGCAAGUCAAUCGUAGGACCCAUACCUUUGUCCGUCUUCUUUGAGCGGGCAUUAGGCGGGGCGGCUUCGGACGACAGGAAUGUGCUGUUAUCCGCAACAAACGCGUUCAGGUCGGUGCCGUCCACGGCCAACACGCCGGAGGAGAUAUGCGAGCCUUUGAUAAUUGCCCUCAACAAACAGACGAAGUACAAGUCUCGCUGUCCCGGUUUCGUCUUCGAGGACACCGCUCGGCGUAGCUCCCAUCCCAAACUUCCCGGGUAUGCCAAACCACAUAUAUCAUGCAUCAGCAAGCGUAAUGUCGAGAAUGUGCGACGGCUGGACCGUCACUCUCGCUCAGAACUUGGCUAUGCUGAGCUUAUCAUUCAAGUUGCUCCCAACGCCGCUCACGACUUGUUCACCGAUCCCCCACACGACCUCGAGGUGGAACAUCGCGCGUCCUUCGAUUUCGUUUCCCCAAAGGACGAUCAGCAACUGCAGCAGGAGGCUGAAGAAGCAUUCGGGCUUCACAUUGCUUUCAUAGUCGAGAUAUUCGCCCGUCAACAUCGCAACCACUGCCACUCGAUCUCCAUGGCUGGCUCGCAGGCUCGACUGUAUCGCUGGGACCGUGCUGGCUGCGUUGUUUCCGAAGCUUUCGACAUUCGCGAGCAUCCCGAACCACUCUGCGAAUUCUUGUGGCGCUUUUCGCAAACAUCCGACUCUUUGCGCGGCCAUGACUGCACUGUCAUCCCGGCUUCUUUGGAGCAGGAGGUACGCUUUAGGGAUGCUGUCAAGGACCACGUUCGCUCCCAACUAGAUAUCGAUGGCGAAGCUCUCGAUCGCGCAGUCAGUCAACAUUACUCUCCAGGGCGCGCCGCUCUGGUGAAGGUGCACCCUCACGGAAAACCCCUCUUGAACACCAAUUUUUGGGUAUUCAUAAUCUCCCGACCCGUCGUAACGCCGCUCUCGCUCGUCGGCCGAGGCACACGAGGCUAUUGGGCGGUCAAUAUUACAACAUCCCGUGUAGUAUUCUUGAAAGACACCUGGCGGAUCGAGUCCAAUGGAGGCUUCGAAGGGGACUUGUUAAGCCAUCUGAACCGCCUAGGUGUGCGCAAUGUGCCAGCGGUUGUGACAUACGGGGAUGUGCCAGACUACGUCCCCAACGAACACCAUAGUCUCACGAUCUGGCAGACUACGUAUACCGCCGGUGCGGCGCUGAAGCGCUGGGCGUGUCGCAUUCCGGAUCAUCCUUUGUCCGUGACAGAUGUACAACGCUACCGCCUGGUCUUGGGCACCGUCGGGUACGGACUAUCCACCAUCAAGGGUACGGAAGAAUUACUGCAUGCGACGUACGAUGCAUUUAUAGCCAUGAGAGACGCACGCUCAAAGGACUCGCGCAUCCACCGAGACAUUUCUGUCGGCAACAUCGUAUUGGUCAAAGAGCCCGGCCAAGACAUUCGCAGGGGAUAUCUUAUCGACUGGGAGGCGUCCAUCAGCGUCGAUGCCGCUGGAGAGUCCAUGCAUCCGGGGCGCGCUGGAACAUGGUACUUCAUGUCGUGGCGGAUGCUAGACAGAGUGCAUGCGAAUAGCAAACAUACGUUCCUAGAUGACAUGGAAUCCCUCAUCCAUCUGGUGCUAUACUGCGCACUGCUCUACUUGCCCCAUGCAUUCGACAAGGAGGCUAUCUUGCAGACAUUCCACAAGUACUUUGAGCACUCGAGCGGUGUUCCGCCGGGACCCACUCACGGGGGCGAUUUGAAGUACACGACCGCUCACGACAGAGACCUCAUCAGGACAGCUCAUUUCGGGAGCGCGUCGCUCACGGAGUGGCUCACCACGAUGCUGGAAAUCCAGUGCCCGCCUGGAUGGGACACCAAAGGGUACAACUACGGGGAGCACUGGACACCUGAAUACAUCGACGCGUUCUGGUCCAAAUUCCUACGCACGCACAUCCUUGAGCGAGAUAACCGUGUCGUCCACGACGUCACGAGGGAGCAACGUUACGACUUUGACGAGUUAUCGGUAACGCCGCCGACUGCACCCUUGGCCCCGGCCCCGGCACCGACACGCAAGCGUUCCGCCACAGAACGCGACCUCUUGGGAGGCGAGCCCGACGGGAAGCGCCGACGAUCUAUGCGUCUGCGCAAUGCUGCCCCGCCCGAGCCCCCACCCAGCCGCAGUCACCCCGCCCCACCGUCUUCGGACGGCCCUCGUCGGAGCCAGCGUAUCAAGACUAUCCAGGAACGUGCAGAUGAAUCAGAGCCUGCACAUGCGGGGGCUUUGAAACCUCUCCCAGGAGCUCGACGCGCGGUGAGAGGUCGGGGUCGCUCGCAUAAAUGA